CUUUGAACCACAGCUUCGUUAUUUCAUCAUCAUGCUACACGACUACAUAACUGCAGCGUACACAGGCAGAUAAAUCGUCCAGAUAUCUCUAGAAAUUCCAUUCCACAGAGUGUCACAUAGUCACAAUGGCGUCCUCAAAGACUCUCACACCGUUGUCCCGAUCCUCCAGGCCUUUGAGCUCCCUCUCUUCCGCUGUUCCUCGCUCUCGAGCUACCUGCAAGAGGAAUGCAGCAACGAUUGCGAACUUCAAGGUUCCCACAAUCAACAAUGAGCCUAACCAACACUACACAAAGGGAUCAGUCGAUCGCCAGAAACUCCAGAGCGCCAUCGCCACCUUGAAGAAGCAAAUCCCCGUCGAAGUGCCUCUGGCAAUCGGAGGUCAACACGUCACAAACAGCUCCAUCCUCACCCAGCACGACCCCUCAUCACACGCAGACGUAGUCGCAAAGUACUCCAACGCCAAUGCCAAAGAUGUCAAGGACGCCAUCGCCUCUGCUCUCGAAGCUAAGAAAUCAUGGGAGAAGCUUCCAUUCGCCGACCGCGCAGCCGUCUUCUUGAAGGCCGCCGACCUCAUUUCCACAAAGUACCGCUACGAGAUCAUGGCUACGACCAUGGUGGGACAAGGAAAGAACGCCUGGCAGGCAGAGAUCGACGCCGCGGCUGAGCUGUGUGAUUUCUUGAGAUUCAACGUCAAGUACGCCGAGGAGACUUAUGGUCACCAGCCAGUUCACAAUUCGCCUGGCGUCUGGAACCGCGUUGAGUAUAGGCCUCUAGAAGGUUUCGUGUACGCUAUCAGCCCUUUCAACUUCACAGCUAUCGGCGGAAACCUGCCCGUGGCACCAGCCCUGAUGGGUAACGUUGUAGUGUGGAAGCCAUCGCCUGCCGCCAUCGCCUCGAACUGGCUGAUCUACAAGAUCCUCGUCGAGACUGGUCUUCCCCCCAACGUGAUACAGUUCACUCCGGGUGACGCAGUCGAGGUCACACGGGAGGUUCUGUCUCACCGUCAAUUCGCUGCCCUGCACUACACCGGCAGCACCGCAGUUUUCCGAUCGCUCUACGGCCAAAUCGCCAAUGGCAUCACCGAGGGAACCUACCAGAGCUACCCACGCAUCGUGGGAGAGACCGGUGGCAAGAAUUUCCAUCUCAUCCACAAGAGCGCCGACGUCAACAACGCCGCCAUCCAGACCGUCCGCGGAGCCUUCGAGUUCCAAGGCCAGAAGUGCAGCGCCUGCUCGCGCCUCUACGUGCCCAAGUCCAUCUGGCCCGAGUUCAAGGAGAAGAUCGUGUCGGAGACGCAGGCCCUCAAGAUUGGCGACCCCUCCGACUUCACCAACUUCAUCGGCCCCGUAAUCCACGAGGCCAGCUUCAAGAAGCUCUCCGGCGUCAUCGACGAGGCCAAGAACGACAGCGAACUCAAGCUGCUCGUCGGCGGAACCUACGACAGCAGCAAGGGCUACUACAUCCACCCCACCAUCUACCAGACCACCAACCCCAACCACCCGCUCCUCUCCCGCGAGCUCUUCGGCCCCAUCCUCGUCACCUAUGUCUACGACGACGCCCCCGCUGACGCCUUCGAGAAGAUGUGCGAGCAGAUCGACUCCACUUCUGAGUACGCGCUCACCGGUGCCGUCUUCGCGCUCGACCGCGAGACCAUCCGCUUCGCGGAGGACAAGCUCAGGGAUGCGGCUGGCAACUUCUACAUCAACUGCAAGUGCACUGGCGCCGUCGUCGGACAGCAGCCCUUCGGCGGAUCGCGUGCUAGCGGAACCAACGACAAGGCUGGCAGCGCGAACUUGCUCUCCCGAUUCGUCAACUUGAGGUCUAUCAAGGAGGAGUACUUGCCUACUGAGAAGGUCAUCUACCCCAGCAACGAGUAAAGCAGAAAACGAAGUGGAGAGAAGGAAAAGUUGAAAUUGAAUUAAUCUCACGAUCUUAACGAUGAUGAUGUUUUGGAUAGAUUUUAAGGAGGAGAAAAAGCUCUCGAUAUUAGGAUGCAUAUCAAGUCAGAGAACCCGUCAUGUUUGCUACAACAUGACAUAUACCCAGAAUGGGAAGAAAUAAGUAAAGAGAUAAACAAACCAAAAUAAAGUUGAAAAUUAUCAGAUC